GGGAUCCACGAUGAGCUGCAGUCGCUCCUGUAUCUGUGGCCAUAACACCAACGUGGAGGAAAGUACGUGGUAUGGGGUCGAUCCCUACCCUAACCUCUUCUACAGUGAGUGUGUGGGUAGCAAUCUCAGCGACAACCCAGAAGGACCCCUAGUCCAAUAUACCUACCAACCGUGGCCCUCCCUGUGUUGGAAGGUCACCGUGUCCGUGGCAUCCCUGCUUCUCCUGCUGGGCGUGGCAGCCCUGACCACUGGCUACGCAGUACCCCCCAAGCUCGAGCUUGUCAACGACAGUAAGUUCUCAUCGAUGGAUGAUCCAGUAGCCGACUAUAACCAAGCCCUGAUCACCUGCCGUGUGGCGGGAGCGACGCUGUGUGCGGUAGCGGGGGUCUUGCUGGCCGUCUGUCUCUUCCUGGCCACCUCUGGCUGGCUGACCCAGGACAUCAAGGCGGAGCCCUUGGUCACCGAAGCUGACAGCCCUGUGGAGGUCUUCAGGGAUGAGCCCGAGCACCUGUCUCCUGGCUUCCAUGAUGCCAGCAGCCAGUCCUGGUUCUUGACUCCCACGGGUCCCUUUGGGCAGCACUCUGUGCAGACCGGCCAGCCCCAACGGGAAUCCUAGGUCUGUAGGCUAGAGAAGUUCCCUCCUGGGACUCCUCGCUCUCAUCACGCUUCUUCCUCUCUGUAGUGCCAAUUUCUCCAGAGCCCUCCUAGCUCCCUAAAGGCCCCCCAGUAAGCCUCAUGCUCCAAUCUCACUCCUGCUCAGUACAGCGGCAAACUCAAUCAAGAACUGCCCUUCCAGGCUGGUGAAAUGGCCAAGUGAGUGAAGGGCCUUCCUGGCCAGACUGACAACCUGAGUUCCAUCCCUGGGACCUAGAAGGUUUUGGAAGAGACCCAGCUCCCUCCAGUUGUCCUCUGACUCGCCCCCCCCCCCCAACACCACCACACACAACACUCACACGCACAAAGAAAGGUAAUGAAAAAUAAAAAGUUUAGGGAUUAGGAAAAGUGGGAUGUCUUUGCCCCUCAAAGUCCACCUCCUAGACAGCAAUGCCCACUGGGCCUGAUUCUGACCUUCUAGAGGCCCCAGCCCCUUCUUCCUAUGGACUGUCCGGCCAGAAG